UUUAGCUUUAGGGUUCUUUGGCGUCACGCCAUGGCGGGCAAUGCGGGCAUGGAGGUUCACGCCCUCGGCUGCUGCUCCUUCCGGAUUCCCGUCUCCCCCGUCGCCAAUAUCCACUCGGCAGCUCCAAGCAUCAGGCGAGGCGCCCGAUUCGCGUGUGGCAGCAGCCUGCGGGAUAGAUUGCUGCUCAGUAACACUCCAGGGGGGCGCGACGCCUUCUAUCAGCCCUUCCGCCCACCGCCGGGCGUGCUGGAAUCGGUGGUGUCACCCGAGCAGCAGCUAGAGAUCGUCCGGGAGCGGCGGGGGCAGUGGCACGACUAUGGCAAGCACAUCCCCGGACUGAUGCGCUCCGGCUACACGCCGGCGUCACUGGACGAGGCGACGGGGCUCACGGGCGUGGAGCAAAACCAGAUUGUGGUGGCGUGCCAGGUGAGGGACACUCUCAUCUCCACUGGGAUGGACGCGAAAUCGCUAGAGUUCUUCGAUUUCGAUGUCGGCGGCGCGGCCAUUCUCUACGAGCUCCGGAUCUUGUCCGCGCCCCAGCGGCGCGUGGCGGCGGAGUACGUGAUCGAGAGGGCCAUGGGCGACUCCAAGGCCGCCAGGGACGUGGCGAGGGCGCUCAAGGAUUUCGAGCGGAGGAAGCGUGAGUUUGGGAGGGAGUUCUUCUCAUCGGAUCCGGGUGACUGCCUGGCCUUCUGGUGGUACCGCCAGAGCAAGGAGCUCAAGGAUGGCGAGCGAGAGGACGCGCUGAGGAAAGCUCUCGAGUUCGCCACCUCGAAGAGCGCCAGGAGUUUGCUGUCAAGCUCGCUGGGUGAGAAAGAUCCCGUGGAGAAACAAGCACUCGCAGGCAAGGAGGAGAAGCCGGCCAAGAUGGUGAGCGUGGUGAGGCUCGAGUAUGGAGAGACCGCGGGGCUGGUGAUGCUCCCGGUGGCGGACCCGGACGCGAGCUCGAUCAAAGCCGCUCCUUCCGGCGGGGCUCUCGGCGAGGGAGCGUUUAGAAUUCACAGGUCGAGCACGGCGUGGCGGGGCUGGGUGCCACUCCCCGGCUGGAAGCCGGUUCUAGCAGCGGUGUCCCCGAUCACCAUCUUGUUCCCGGACGCUCGAGAACUCCGGCUCCAGAGAAAGAAGAGCGAUGAUCCAAGCGAGGAGCUGCUGCUUCUCGUGGACAAGGGGACCGUGUCCGAGAUCAAAGCCGGAUCGAUCUACUUAGUAGCGUCUGGAGGAGGAGGAUUGUCGCUGGAAAGUGGCAAGGAUCUUCACGAAGGCCUGGAAGUUCUCGGCGAAGUUCUUCUGGCAUUGUCACCUCCGGGAGGAUCUGACGAGCAAGAGGAUGAAACCCAAAUGGAUUGGGACUGAGCGUUGACCUUGUAAGACCUCUUCGAUCUGUAUAAUUGGCGGAUAAAAACUUUUUCGUUGAAUAGUU